ACAUACUGUAUCAAAAAAUAUCCAAAUCCAAAAUAGUGAAAAUACCAAUAAACAUGGAGCAAAACUUGGAGUGUAUUACUCCAUGUUCAUCUGCUCUCUCUUUACUCACUUAAGUAUUGUUCUUUGCUUCAAAAACCCUUUUCCCUAGUUUCAAGAUAUUCCAUCUUUUUCUGACUCAAAGUUAAAAUCUCUAAAAAUACCAACUGUUUGAUGAAAUGCCUCAAAGAAAUUUUCUCUUAUUACUUUGUUAGAUGCACAUAAUUUGAUGAAUUCGUUGUUUAGUUUACUGGGUUAGAAGUAUUUUUCAAGAUUACUCUAUAUUUUAUAUAUAUAUAUAGUGCGCUUUAUUGUUUUGGGUUUUAGUUCGCACACUAAGUGUUUGAUGAAAUGCCUGAACGAUGGUUUCAGUUAUUACGUUUACAAAUGGGCAUAGUUUGAUUUGGCCUGUUGUUACUGUUACUCGGUUGGGUAGUCUUAAGGUCAGGGCACAAGCUGGUUUGUUAGUAGUAGUGAAAAAAGACAACUUUUCGGGGUUUAAAGAGUUGAAGAAAAAGGAAAGGUUUUGGGUGAACAAAGAUAGGUUUUUGUGUAAAGGGUCAUUAGAAAGUGAUGCAGAGUUGGGCUUGGAGCAAGAGAUUUUGGAGUUUAUGAAAAUUUCGAAGAACCCGGAUGAUUUUCCGACCAAGAAAGAAUUGUUGGAAGCUGGAAGAGUUGAUUUAGUUAACGCUAUUGCCAAGAAAGGCGGUUGGCUUUCAUUUGGUUGGGAUGAUGAUUCGGAUUCUGGUGACGAGAGUGAAUGUGGAAAGCAGGAAUUUGAUGACCUUAGAGAUGUACAUACAAGAAAUGUAAGUAGUCAGCUGACUAAUGAGCUUGCUUCAUCCUCCGGGAGACCACUAGAAACGGUAGUUCAGGAUGAUGCCGGGAUUGAAGGUAUACUGCAUAGAUUAGAAAAGUACAGAAGUUUGUCUUUUGGCAUUAGUGGCGAGGGAAAUGAACGUGGUAUCUAUGGUUUGAACAAGGAUAAUGGUAGUCACAGAGAUUUGUCUACUAAUGUGGCAGCUACCGAUACCUAUUCUGGCAAGAAGUCAGGUAGAGGAGAUUACGAGGAUUCGAUAGAUAAAUUGAUGACUACAAAAGAUGGUGAACUUCAUAAGAGACGUAAUGAGAUAGAUUCAAAUUACAUAAAAUCUCGACUUCAAAAAAUGCAGUCUGAGCUUUCUUCAGCCAUUUGCUUGUUUCGGUCCAAAAGUGAGACAAAUAAUCCAGAUGGUCAUAAAUAUUCUUCCAGUGAGUUACAACAUCUUUCUGAUACAUGGGAGUUUCAAGAAAAUGAGAUUAUGAAUGCCAAAGAUAGGCUGAGAUCUAUACGUGCAGAACUAGCAGUAUCAGAAGGAAAGAUGGCAUUAUCAAUCAUUGAAGCACACAAACUACUUGAGGCGAAACAAAAGAGAAUUGAUAGUGCAUGUAGAACUCUACAGAUUCUUCAUACCACCUGCAUAAUUUGGCCUAAUUCAGCCUCGGAGGUUCUCUUAGCAGGAUCAUUUGACGGUUGGACCACUCAGAGAAAGAUGGAAAGAUCACAAACGGGCAUUUUCUCUCUGUCAUUGAAGUUGUAUCCAGGAAGAUAUGAGAUCAAGUUUAUUGUCGAUGGUGUUUGGAGAGUCGAUCCUCUACGCCCUAUUGCCAACAACAAUGGUUAUGAAAAUAAUGUUCUCAUCAUCCAUGAUUGAGCAUGUGAGCAAAAACAGCCCGACGUGAAAACCAUUGCAAUGGCACUCGGUGGCAUCAACAACUAGCAUAGAAUAGCUUAUGUAGCUUCUUACCCCGUAACUUAUAGAUAAGCAUAGCCUUGGAAGUUGACAGUUGUAUUACCUUUGCCCCCUCCAUUCUUUGAAACAUUUGUCUCUACAAUUGUAAUGCAAAGUGUUUAUAUUGACUAAA